GUUGGUUCAAAUUAUCAGCAUCUAUACUGGCGCUAAAAAAAUGAUUUUUCCAUUGAGAAGGUAUUGGGGGGACAUCGCUUUAUAUUUUGGAAUUAUUGUUCCUUGUCUCACUAGUGCAAAAGUGCUUAACGGUGAUCUAAUUGAUAAUGAAAAAUUCUUCAGACAAUCACAUUUCACAUUACCCUUGUACAAAGCAACCCUAAUUAAUAACGAAGUAAAAUUCAUGGAUGGUCCUAUUGAACUAGAUAAUGCUGUGGAAGGAAUGUAUUUUAUAAUAACCUCAGACAAUUAUGAAGAUUACGCUAUACGUCUGCAAACGAACACCACAUCUAGUGACAAGAUGAUACUGGAAUUGAAAUGUAAUCUUCCAUCUAGAAGGGAAUUCGACGUAAUCAUUCUAGAAGCUUUGAAUGAAGAUCUCGUUCCAGUUUCCAGAACGGCAGUGCUUCUGUUUAAUCCCGGAUUACAAUUCGAUCUUUUUAAAAUGACAUUUCGAGUGGACGAUCAGGAAUACAUCAUAUUGAAUUUUUAUUAUUUCAAGUGGUUCUUAGGGAUUUUAACGGUGACCGGAUUUUUGAUACUAUUUAUAGAGUUGCAUGAAAUUAUGAGAAAUUUAAGGAUAGCAAGACAAAAUCUAAAAUACCAAGAAUUAGAGAAUAUAUGACGCGUGGUGGAUAAAAAACAAGGAAAAUCUAAAAUAUAAACAACCUAUAUUUUAAAAUUUUCAAGAAGCUUUUAAAAAGCUUUCCAAAAAGAAUAUUGUUAACAAAAUAUAUAUUUAUUUAUUCCACAUUUAAUACAA